AUGGCGUACGUCGACCAUGCGUUCUCGAUAACGGACGAGGACAUCAUGAUUGAGACUGCAUACACCGUCAAUAACAGACCGCCGGUGAAGGAGAUCGCACUCGCGGUGGCUUUACUCGUGUUCGGAACCCUAGGAAUCGUCUCCGGCUUCUUCAUGGCGUACAACCGAGUCGGCGGUGAUCGAGGCCACGGGAUUUUCUUCAUAGUCCUCGGCUGUCUUCUGUUUAUCCCCGGGUUUUACUAUACGCGGAUUGCGUAUUACGCUUACAAAGGAUACAAAGAUCGGAGUGAUAGGCUGUCAAAUGGAAUGGUUGACCAUUGUCCAACCCAAUCCAUUACAAAAGUGGUCAGUUAUGGUCAUGACCAUAUGGACUUUAGUCCAUAUGGGCAUAACUCAUUUUGCUCCAUAGUCAAAAUGGGUUGGACUAUAUGGUCAACGGACGCCCAAUGA